AUGGCAGCUGAGGAAUGCAAGAAAGUGAACAGAAGGAAGAAGAGAAAAGACUCAAGACUAGUCAAUUUUCCCAAAUCAGAGGAUAAUAACUUCAUAAUCCCAGAGAGUAUAUUGCCAGUGAGGAACAUGUCCACGCCAUCCAUCACCUUGCAGAACGAAUCUCAAAAGGAAAACCUACUCGGCCAGCUCCUUAAGGCCUCUGAACACUGUGAACCUGCCACACUCAUACCUGAGGGGGUUGUGGACGAUGUCAUACCUGCCGUUGGCUAUAGGAUUAUGGACAUGACAAACCUGAGUGAGAUGAUUAAAAUGAUGCACAGAUGCACGGGCUCCAUGGGGGCCAUAGUCAUACAAGAGCAGGCCUCGCUGAGAGAAGGAGCCGUGUCUCAGCUCAGUGUGAUUUGCACUGGAUGUCAGGAAGGAGCUGUGUGCGCCACCAGUAACAGAACUCUGGCUACUGGACCUUGGGACAUCAAUGCCCGAGUGGAGCAGCUUACCAAAGAGUUCAACAUUAAGGAAGACCAGGUUCAGCGCAUGUUAGAGAUCCUUGGCAUCUUCUACCGCCCCUGCGAUCCGUCCCUGCAACCCAUAGCACAGACGAUGGAGAUGGAACCGGCCCCAGCUCAGCCUCCAAAGAAGAAAAGAAAAAAGAAGUCGGACACAGAUUCUUCUGGAAAACCCAAGAACUUGGUUUGCACUGUUUGCAAAGAGAGAUUUGUUGGUGAAAACCACCUUAAGAAACACAUGCACAGCCAUGACUUGUCACUCCAUACCUGCCCUUAUUGUCAUGCCUACUUCAAGAAGCCUUUCAACCUGAAGCAACAUAUAAAGAAACAUGAAAACUGCAAGUAUGAAUGUAACCAGUGUCAGCGCGCCUUCACCGACAAGUCCACUUUACUUUGCCAUGUGAGAUCACAGCAUGAAAAGAGGUACAAUAUCCAAUGUGAAAUUUGCCUGAAGAGGUUUUAUCACAGAGCACACUACAAUGAACACAUGAGGAUUCACACCGGAGAGAAGCCAUACAUGUGUGAGCUGUGUGGUAAAAAAUUCUCAUGGCAUGACAGCGUAAAGAAACACAUGCAGACACACAGUGCGGAAUCAAAAUACAAGUGUAGAUUAUGUGGCAAAUGGUUUAGGUGGCUGCAAGGAGUUCGACAGCACUUGCAACAGCAGCACAAGUUAAAGAAAUGUGAUAUAGAGGCCCAGGUUGUCACCGCAGCUACCGAAACGGCCUCGGCUCUUCCACAGUAUCACCAACAAUCACAGCCUUCU